CGGCCCGGCCCGGCCCUGCGCGGGCACCAUGCGGGGAGCGGCAUGAGCUCCGAGCCGCAGCCGCCGCCAGCCCCGGCCCGGCAGGCGGAGGAGGACGAGGAGGAGCCGCCGCUGCCGCCGCCGCCAUCGUCGUCGUCGUCGUCGUGGGAGGGCGGCGGCGGCGGCGGCGCCAGGUGGGGCGGCUGCAUCAUGCUGGUGAAGAGGAUCGGCCUGAAGGCGGGCGGUGGCGGCGCGCACCAAGGUGUUGGCCGGCCAAGUGUAUACCAUGCAGUGGUGGUCAUAUUUCUGGAAUUCUUUGCCUGGGGACUCUUGACAACUCCAAUGCUAACAGUCCUACAUGAAACAUUUCCCCAUCAUACAUUUUUAAUGAAUGGUCUUAUUCAAGGUUUUAAGGGUUUUUUGUCCUUUCUCAGUGCUCCUCUAAUAGGUGCUCUCUCGGAUGCAUGGGGAAGGAAAUCUUUUCUUCUGCUUACAGUUUUCUUCACCUGUGUCCCAAUUCCACUGAUGCGAAUAAGCCCAUGGUGGUACUUCGCAAUGAUUUCGGUAUCUGGAAUCUUUUCUGUUACCUUUUCUGUAAUAUUUGCCUACGUAGCUGAUGUAACACAAGAACAUGAAAGAACUACAGCCUAUGGACUGGUAUCUGCCACUUUUGCAGCAAGUUUGGUGACUAGUCCUGCCAUUGGAGCAUACCUGUCUGCCAGCUAUGGAGACAGCCUUGUUGUACUAAUGGCCACGUUGGUGGCAGCUGUGGACAUCUGCUUCAUCCUGCUAGCUGUACCAGAAUCUCUGCCAGAAAAAAUGAGACCUGCUUCAUGGGGAUCUUCUAUAUCGUGGGAGCAGGCAGAUCCUUUUGCAUCUCUGAAAAAGGUUAGAAAAGAUUCUGCGGUUCUCCCGAUCUGCAUUACAGUGUUUCUCUCCUAUCUGCCCGAGGCUGGCCAGUAUUCCAGUUUUUUUCUGUACUUGAGACAGAUUAUAGGUUUUGGAUCUGCCAGCAUUGCAGCAUUUAUAGCUGUGGUAGGCAUUUUGUCCAUAAUAGCUCAGACUGUGUUUCUCAGUAUCUUGAUGAGGUCUAUAGGGAACAAAAACACAGUUCUCCUUGGCCUUGGCUUUCAGAUCCUUCAGCUGGCUUGGUAUGGUUUUGGAUCUCAGUCUUGGAUGAUGUGGGCAGCAGGAUCUAUAGCAGCCAUGUCAAGCAUUACAUUCCCAGCAAUCAGUGCUCUGGUUUCACGAAAUGCAGAGGCAGAUCAGCAGGGUGUUGUCCAAGGAAUAAUAACUGGAAUAAGAGGACUGUGCAAUGGCCUGGGACCAGCACUGUAUGGCUUUAUUUUCUUUCUCUUUCAUGUGGAACUCAAUGAGUUACUACCUGAUCAUACUUCUGGAAAAAAGGCAAUGCAAGUUCCCAGUGACAAGAGAGCCAUCGUUCCUGGUCCACCCUUCCUGGUUGGAGCGUGCAUUGUUCUUCUGGCUUUCCUGGUCGCCUUAUUCAUUCCUGAGAACAGCAAAGCUAGCAGUACCAAAAAACACAGCAACAGCAUUGGCAGCAGCCUGAGCAGCAACCCAGACCAAAGUAAUGGAGAGGACAUUGAACCAUUGCUGCAAGAUAGCAGUGUGUGAAGGCUGAACUUCUGAGGGGACUGUGGAACAAAUUCACGCGCUGAAUUGCAGCCCUGGGAGCUGGGUGGGAGGUACAGAGUGUCUGUGCUCUGAGGGGAAGGCAGCUGGGUACAGGAGAGAAGGUCACGUGCCAUAUGACACUUGAGGUCGAUGUCAUACUUGCAGGAGGGGUAUUUUGGGAUGGCAGGUCACAACUUGGUGUGAUUCUACUCAGUAUCGGACUGCAAACGCUGUGUCAAACUGUGGUGUUGGGUAGAAACCUGAACAUGCAGAGACAAUGGAAUUUUUUUAACAGUUUGAAUGUUCAAUUCCCAAAGUUGCAUCAUAAUGCAAAAUAAAUAGGUUUGAGCCAGAAUAGUUUCUGCCACCACUAUUAAAGUUGUGUUUUGCGUUUCUUA